GAGGGGAAGUUUCAGACAGUGAGGUGAUCCGAAAUUUCUCUACUUUCGAAUCAAACACCAAAUCGUGAAGGGAUCCGAAAAGCACAGAGAGAGAAAUAUAGAUAGAAAGAGAGAGAGAGAGAAGAACUUACACUGUAUCGGAAUAUAUUUUGUAGAUUUUUCACAUUGAUUGGUCAUAAAUUUACCUCUUUCUCUCUCUCUCUCUCUUGAUUUGAUACACUCGUUUGAUCGAUCUCUGUUUUGGUUUUGGUUUCACACUUUCUAGAGAGAGAAACUUGUUGGUGACUCAAACCAAGGGUUGUUCUUGUUUUUGUCAUUGGGGUUUGUGAUUGGGGGUAGAGAUUAUCGGGGAUCGAUGCCUGAUAAUCGACAGGUUCAGAGCAAUGGAGGUGUUUCCAAUUCUUCACCAAAUAACCUUGAAGAGGCCAUAAGGCGGUUUAACAUUCACCCAAAUGGUAUCCAGGACAGUGGCGCCACGGCUAAUUCGUACCCGGAUCGUCCCGGCGAACCGGAUUGCAUAUACUAUUUAAGAACUGGGUUGUGUGGUUAUGGAAGCAAUUGUAAAUUUAAUCACCCUACUUCUUCUUCUGGGCAGGUACAGGGUGGUCAGUACAAAGGUGAACUGCCAGAAAGAGUUGGACAACCUGACUGUGGGUAUUAUAUUAAGACAGGGACCUGCAAAUAUGGAUCAACAUGUAAAUAUCAUCACCCACGGGAUAGACAUGGUGCCGCACCUGUUCAAAUGAAUAUUUUGGGCCUACCCUUGCGUCAGCAAGAAAAGCCUUGCCCUUUUUACAUGAAAACUGGAUUAUGUAAGUUUGGAAUUGCAUGCAAGUUCAAUCAUCCUCAACCUGCAUCAGCUGGAACCGUCUUUCCCAUUCCUGGAUCUGCUGCCUACGGAUCUUCAGGCUCAACAGUUGUUUCUUCAUCUGGUUUGCAUUAUGUGGGAGGAGUUUCAGCAUCGUCAUUGCCAAAGACACCUUAUUUAUCUGGUCCCCGUGCGCAAGGCCCCCAGACAUAUAUGCCUGUUGUUGUGUCUCCCUCUCAAGGCAUUGCACCUGCACAUGUCUGGAACACUUACAUGGGAUGCAUGAGUCAUGUAUCUUCUACCAGUUAUCUUGGAUCUGAUUUUGUUUAUAACUCCAAGAAUCAGGGCGAGUCGGGUUCCAUUGGCAUGGUGCAUAUGUUACCUACAUCCAUUCCUCAUCUACCUGAGAGACCGGAUCAACCAGAAUGCCGGCAUUACAUGAGCACCGGAAGCUGCAAAUAUGGAUUUGAUUGCAAGUACAAUCACCCAAGAGAAAGGAUUGCUCAAUUGGCAACAAAUUCUUUAGGACCACUUGGGCUUCCAUUGAGACCUGGGCAAGCUGUUUGUUCAUACUACAACUUGUAUGGACUAUGUAAGUAUGGCCCGACUUGCAAAUUUGAUCACCCUAUGACAGGAUAUCCUUAUAACUAUGGUUUGAGUUAUCUCCUUUGCUCGAUUCGCCCACAGGUAUGGAAAGAGCUACGAGACUCCCGAAGAAAUGAAGCUACGGUUCUCGAUUUUCUCGGAGAACUUGAAGCUCAUCAAAUCGCACAACAAACAGAAACAUCUCCCUCUAAACCAUCUAAGGUUCCUGACUGGGUAAGGAAAUCUGAAUCUGCAAGCAACAAAAAUCAUAACUUGGAUACUGAAAAUUCAUCAGAACAUGCUGGUUCUCCACCACAUCCCACACCGAUUUCUUCAGAACUUCCACAUGAUCAUUCUGAUUGA